AUGUCUUCGCGGGAAGAAGGUCGAGCCGUCCCCGUCGUGGACGCGGCUCCCGGCGACACAGCCCCCAUGGUGAUCACCGCCUCCGGCAAUCACGGCAUCCCGGUGCUCAUCACACCGGCAGGCAACGGCGCCGCCGCGUCGUUCCAGGGCAUCCUGCUCCUGCAGGCGGCGGCCAAGAAGGAGGAGGAGGCCGAGGACCCGCUGGCGGAGCGGAAGAAGUGGUUCCGGGAGAUGCGUGGCUGGCUCAUGGUGCUCGCGACGGUGGCGGCUUCGGUGGCGUACCAGGCGGGGCUGAACCCUCCGGGCGGGUUCUGGCAGGACAACAACGACGGUCACCGCGCCGGCAACCCGGUGCUUCGGGACCAGCACUGGGUGCGCUACGUCCUCUUCUACUACUUUAACGCGACGGCGUUCGUGACCUCGCUGGUCAUCAUGGUGCUGCUCAUGAGCGAGCGCUUCUACCACGGGGAGGCCAAGGUGAUGGCGCUCAUGUUCGCCACAUUCAUCGACCUCGCCAGCCUCGUCGGCGCCUACAUCGCUGGUACCACCCGCUACGCCUCAUCAUGUGUCUACAUCGUCGUCAUCACCUGCGUCUCAUUCGUUGGCGUCAUCUACAUCGGAGAGGCAAUGGGCGAAAUAUGCGCCUUCGUGCUGCGGCGGAUAAGGUGCAUGCGUGACCUCGCGAAGCUCAAGUGGUGCCCAGUGCCAGCAGGCGUGGUGACUAAAUCGUUGCCAGAGAAGGAGGCAGAGGAGCGCAGGAAGAGAGCCAACGAGAGACGCAAGCGCCCCUGCUGCCCGUGCUGUGCGCUGCCAGCAACGUCAGAUAGGCGCGAUGUCGAGGGGCAGUGA